GUCGAGCCGAGCAGCCAGCUUGAAGCACGUAUGUACGCGACACACGGGAGCGCUUGUGUGGCGUGACGGGACAAGUGCGCGAGCGCGCGGGAGCAAGCCAGAGCGAACGAGCCGUCACCCGUCGGGACAAGACCCCUGCCACGCAGCCACAACAAUGCCGUGCUCCGCCGUCACGCUGUCACUCGCCACUGUCACCGCCAUCGUGGCGCUGGCUCUGCUGUCCAUCGCCUUCUCCACCGACAACUGGCUCUACAUCGAGGUGAAGAGGGCGCAGAUACACCAAUACGCCAAGAAGCUGGGAGACCAGGACUCGCUGAUAGAUAACCUCAACAACAAGUACUACUACUACACCCGCACCAAGGGCCUCUUCAGGAUCUGCUACCCCAAGGAGCGGCCGCAGUCCGUGGAGACGUACCUGAGUCCCGUGGAGACGCACUGCAACAACAUCGACUACUUCAUCCCCGACGUGGACAACCUCACGAAGCAGUUCUCCGAGGAUGCGAUGGCGCGAUUGCACAUGGGCCGCUCCAUGAUCGCCAUGUUCAUCGUGGCCUUCUUCGCGGUGUUCAUCGCCUUCUGGACGGGCGUAGCCGGCUGCUGGAGACGCUCUCCGGGCAACAUCACCGCCACCGCCAUCCUCAUGCUGCUGUGCUGUCUGCUGACUGCGGGCGGCAUGGGCUUGUGGCAUGGCGUGGAGUACUACGAGCGAGAGAAGGUUGUCGGAGAAGAGUUCUUCCAGCAGUGGAACAACGUGCUCAGGGAUAACACGGUGUUCUCCUACGACUGGUCGUACAUUGUGGCUUGGAUCGGUGUGGGCUGGGCGCUGGUGUCGGCCAUCUUGUUCUCCGCGGCUGCCAUCUGCCUGCGCAGCGAGCGGGAGAAGGAAGAGGCCAUGAACAUGCAAUACCUCAUGCCCGUGUACCCCCAGAAGCAGCAGUACGCGUACGCCACCAGCUACCCCGCGCCGGCGGCCGCCUACCCGGGCCCCUACUACCACGGCUCCCAGUACGGACCGUACAACUACUAGACCCCGGCGCGGCCUCGCGCCUGGCUCGCCAGUCGGACCGCCGCUGGAAUCUUCCCCGGUUCCAGGCGACAGCUUCCCGGCGCUCGCGAACGGACGUGCACGUCGCAGCGCUGGCUGCAACUGUCCGGCACUCUACGCGAUUCUGCCCGGAACCGUUCCGUUGACGCGGCAAACACUGUUUCGUUAAUCACAUAUGCUUGUGUCUCACGCAUUCAAGUUUUUAACUCUUAGUAAUGCAAAUCGCUGGUGAACAUUCACUGCUGACGUGCAUUAUUUCGAAGAUAAUUUGAUCUUUUUUCAUAUCUCUGUAAAAAAAUUUUCUUAAAUAUAGAGAUAAAUUCUGUGAAAAAAUCUUUGUACCUGUAGUUAUAAAAAAAAUUAUUUUAAUGGAUUUUUUUUUAAUGAAAUUAUAUUUCUCUCAAGUACUUAUGUUAUGACUCUUGUUCAUUACAAUUAUAAAUGAACUAAGACUCUGUCUUGUAGUUAUAAGUUGUUAAAAUAAAACAUAAAGAAUUGUUUGUUUGAAAACAUUGCAACAAAAAUAAGAGGUGACUUGGUAUGCACAUUUCUUAAAAAAACACAUCCACGUAAGGAAACUGAUAAAGAAUUUUAUAGUAUUCUGUGUACAGUAUUUUCUAAAUAUGUGCCGAACAUGCUCAAACUACAUAUAAUGAAGAACAAUUUAUAUUUUUGCAUACCAAUAUGCAAAUAAACUGUUGAAUACUCAGUAUUUGUGUAGCAAUUUUAGAGUUGCAAGUAGUGACAGUAGUCUAGCUACUGCUCCGUUAUCAAUAAAAUGUGUCUUGUAAAAAAAGGGCCAGAAAGUUAGCAAACCUGUAAUAUUAUAUAUACAUACUGUAAUCAUUAAGAAAAGAAAAUUUGUAGGUAACUCUUAUAGUUACCAAAAUGUUUAAAAGAUUUUUAAUAAAUAUGAUAUUUUCAUGUUAAAAAAACUGGUUUGUGAAAUGCCAAUAAGAAUUUUACAAACUUAAGAAACCGAGUGACAUUAAUUCCAGCACAAGAUGCAAGUAGUAGCUCUGAUGCUCUGAUGCAAUGUGCAGAUACUUGAGCGAUGUUCCACUGAUGCUUUACCCCGUGAAGCCAGCUUCAGGAAACGACGACACUCCCGUGGAACCGGUUGGUUCUCACGCGCACUCGGUCAGCUUGUCGCUCAGCUCAGCUCGAGAGAGCGUCGCUGGCAGUUUCAGUUUGUUUCCGUUGCAGUCUCUGUGACUGCAUGAUGGGCAGUUCAGCCCAGCGAGCUGAUAUUAGCGUCGUCUCGCAACCACUGAUUUUGUAUCUGGGUGGCCAGAGGAAGCAUUAUUUUUUUCCCUUAAGUAAUCAAAACUAUGAAUAAUAACUUGAGAAUGGCAAAUACCUUUUUGUUUAUUUACAAACCGCUCCACGUUCUUCACUUCAGGCCCCGUCUUGUCAGACUAUCACACGAAUCUUCUCCCUUCAGAUUCUCGAUGACAUUUCCUCUCGUCUUUUGCCUGUCCAACUGUGCUUUGCACGUCCUUUGUAUCAUCUUUAGGCCGAACAAUUAUCUUCCUGGGUCUUUGCUCUUUUCCCGUUCCAUUUACACAGCCCUUAACUACGUAUAUAGUUGUUACUUUUGUACCUCAUAUAUUACAUCGACUGUGACUUCUGCAUAUAAUUUAGGACACACAACUAUCAACUUGAAUAUUGAAAUUUUUCAUUUACUGAUUAACAAAGGCACUAAAUAUUCCUGAAGAAGAUGUUUGGUCUUUUAAAGCAGCUAGAAAUGUUACUUUUCUGAAUUUAUGUAACUUUUUAUUGAAUACAAAAUAGAAUGUCUGUAGACUAAAAAAUACAAACAUUUGAAUGAAUUCCAUGAUAUAAAUUGCAUUUCAUAACUAUAUGGUGGAUUAACUUGCAUUCGGUGUAAUGCGAUGUUUUGACAUGCUGUACAGUGUUAUUUCAGUUUUAUUGCAAUUCAUCAUAUAAUCUUGACCCUAUGUAUGACGUGAGAUGCUGAGGUCAGAGCAAAGCUGUUGGAAGAGUCUAGGUAGAGCAUGCGCUAGCAUAAGUGAAGACAAACAAAACAUAUGUACUGUAUUCUCUUCUAAAUAAGGCAGACAUAAGAUCCACUGAGUACUUCUUUAUGGACAAAAAAAAUUUUUUCAAUAUAGUUCAAAGCUGUAUCCCUCUCUCCCCUUAUUGUGUCCUUCCUGGCAUGCUGUUAGUGCUUCACCCGCUGUUCAACAUCUUCCUUGUUUCCUUCCACUUCCGAACCCGAUAUCAACACUCUCAACCGAACGACUUCACAACACCAACUAGCCGACCCCUGCAGGGCCACCAACCUCUCCACUACACGAGUCCUACACGACACCCCUCUUGGCUUCACCACCCUCUUCAACACUCUGGCUUUUAGCUGCCCUGUGGGGCUGAGUGAUGUCAUCUGUCUACACGUUAGUCCAUUCUGCCGAGUGAGGGUUGAUUCAACCUCCAUCGUGAGUUAAUAUUUAAAAAAAAGCGAACCUUAUGUGAGUUUGCCCUUUUUUUAAGCAUUAUCACUGAAAGCUACUCUUUAAACUCUUUUGGGUUCAUGUUGAUUUAUAGCGAGGCUUGAACAUUAGUUACAACAGGUUUUUUUUUUUUACAUAAAAAUCACAAAGUCUUUGCUGUAACAUUAUAAAUGAUAGCCCGUAACAAUGUGUACUAUAUAAGUGUUCAAUUUUUCCAAUGGCUCCAGCACAAAGGGAACUAAUCAAAACAGAGUGACCCACAUGUGAUAACAACCACUUGACACUUCACAUGGCCAGUCUUAAGUUCUCUUAUGUGCUGUGACAUUGAGGUGCUAUGCUAAGUAUCAACUUGCUGUCUGCAAAAAUGUUGCAGACUUGUUGUGGGUGCGGUAAUUAUUUUUUUUAUUUUACAAUUUUGUAAUUAUUAAAUGGUUUAAUAAAAGCAAAAAAAAAAAAAAAUUUUUUUUUUGGAGGUUUUAUGUUUAGUCUAAUUUGGUGCCAAGGUUAGAGAAAAUGGAUACAAUUUUACUGUGUGUGAGUAGCUGUUACGUAAUUUUAAAGCAUUCUUAAAUACAUUGUUUUAAUCAUUACGACCCUUGAACUUUGUUUCCAUAGAGGGUUAUUUAAGUUACUGUACUGAUGUGUGCAAAUUCUUUUGAUUAACUAAAUUAAGCAAAAUAUGUCAAUUUAGGCCAUAGCCCUGUGUAGGUGCAUAAAAGUACCUAUAGCUACAUGUUGUUUAAUUUUAGGGUUGUAUGAAAUAUUAAACCUGUCGAUAGUAGGCACUGUAUUGCAUAAUGAAACCACUGUAUAUAAUAGGUUUGUUUUAUAACAUCUUUCAAAUCUGUGCAUAAUUUUUUUUAUCUGUUAGUUAUUUUUUUACAGAGUGUACCUGUACUGUAGCUUGAUUGCCUUGUCAAUAAUUACACAAUUGUAUGUAGUUCAUUUUAUUCCAUUACUGUUAGCAACUACAUCCAAAUUGCUCCUGUUUCAAUUAGGCACUUGUGUUUUUUUUUAAAGAAUAUAUGAAGAAAUAUAAUAGUUUAAUAAUUUUGUAAUAAAAUUAAUUUUAUACAAAUAUUGUAGUUAUCUACUUUUUCAUGUCAAUUACAUUCCUAAAUAAAGGAAAGCAGCACCUGAGACUAUGAAGCAAAAUGAGCUAUUAGUUUUUAGCGCUUUUUGUUGACAAAACUGAAUUCUUGUUGUGGCAACUGUGUGAGUGUGUGUGUCUGUCAAUGCCACAACAAAAGAAAAUGAGAUAAGACAAAGUUUUUAAUCCCACAGAAUAUGCAUAGCUUUGACUCAAAACUAAAAAAACAGUGUUUAAAAUUAAAUAUAAUCCUCUUAAAUGCAUAAUCAUAAUUUUAUAUUUUAAUUGUGAGAGGUCAUCAUUGUUUGCAAUUUUAAACAGCUUUUACUAUGGCCAAAACUUGAGAGCAGUGACAAUUGGGAAUUUUAAAUUCACGUUCAGUAUGUGUCACAUUAUACCUAAAUUACAAAAAAUAAUAAAAUAUACAAUAGGUUGCAAGUUAAGAGAUACAUUUGUGUAUAGUAUGAAACCCUCGGUGAGCUUCUCUGAAUUGUAUUCACCUGGAUUUGUUUUUAUUUACUGUAGCAUUUUGGCUUAAGUUUUACUCAUAUGAAACAAACUAGUUUUUUAAAACAAUAUUAUGGACAGCAUAUUAAAGCCUUACAUUAAAAAUUUAACUUUUGUAUGGUGUCUAUGUAAUGCUUUGGUAGGUAGGUACCUAAUACUAAAGAGCAAUUUUUUUUAAUUUUUUAUUUAUUAGGGUGAAAUGUGGUUGGUGUCAGUUUCAAUCAUAAUAAACUGAGACUUUAAAAAGGGUGGAGAGUAAAAGAGGAGAUUGCUUCACACUGAUUUGUGCAUGGGAGCACAUACUAAAUUCGCCUUUGCAACCUUUUCUCCAAAAACUCAUAUUUUUAUACAUUAGUCUAGUCAAACAGAGAGCUUGUAAAAUUAUGUAACAUAUAGAUAUGCUUUGAAUUUUUAGCGACCGUUAACCUAUCUGAAUAAGUUUUUUGGAAACCUCCAUUUUUGUGUGAUUAAAAUGUUACCUAAACAGUCGUAAAUACCUAAUAAAAUUAACAAUUUCUUACAACCAUAGUAAUAGAAUCAUCUCUUUCCUCAAAACAAGUUUGACCCCCGCUUCCAUGAACUUUCUCACAUUCUUGAUAACAACCAUAGCUUAAGAAUAUACAAUAUUCUUAUUAAAGAAAAAAAAAAUGCUUGGAUGUUAAAUGGAGACACAUAUUUUACCGUAGAAAGAACUUGGAGUGGAAUCAACAUGGGCUGAACUGAGCAUGUACACGGACAGAUUUGCGGGAUUUGCAUCUUCAAGCACUCUCCCAACACCAAACUGUUAAUCAACAAAAAUCUUCAGCCUCCUAGCACUUGUAAGAACAGAUAUAGUUAUUUAUCUCCAGAUUUAGGACUCCCACUAAAUAUAUUUCACAUGUGGUUUUUGAAACACUAAAAUAAGCAGCCCCCGAAGACAUUCUGAAUUUGGUGCUAUGUACACUAUUCCUUGCUUUCACAUGGUUGUUUCAUUUCAAGAUCAAAUUUCCUUGACUUAAUCAGGUUUCCUCGAGACUAUCAGGUUCCUCUGACUCAGAUUUUGUACACAAGAAAAUGAACAAAAUCCAGUUUCUUUUGAAAUUAAAUAUGCAGCCAGUGGCGGAUUCAUAGGGGGGGCGCAGGGGGCGCCCCCCCCCCUGACCAGGGCAGCCCAGCACCAAGCAUGGUUCGUGGCCAGGGGAGGGCGCUCACCCGGCCGCCGAUGUUAUACAAUACACAUUCAUACACUUACCUUUAACGACUUCAUGUCUUGGAAACAGUUUGAAUAAAGUUUUAUUAAGCUUUGCAUGUGACUAGAAUCUUUAGUUUUUCUGUAGUGAUUUUGACAUUUGUAUACUGCACAAUUGGCAAUUUUAACUACAUAUAGCACACAAUUAUACACCAACAACAGCAAAUAUUUGGGCGAGACGUAAAUGAAACGGAUAGAGCUUGGAAAAAGAUCUCUGGCUGCAUCCAAGCAACCAAGGUGACGUAACAAGGGAGUGUGUGGAAGAGGUAGACCUGCGCCCCCCCUUGAGAUUUUUCUGUAUCCGCCACUGUAUGCAGCUACAAGUCUAAUUACAAUGCACGAGAAAUAAAAGCUUAAUCAAACUGUUGUAAUGUCUUUUUUUUUACUCUUUUAAAUUAAAAUUUAUAUUUAUCUUUAUACCAAAUUAAUUAAUUUUUUUUUCCACCCACAAAAUGGUAAGUACUGUUUUUGCCCUUAAAGAAUUCUAUAGCUGAAAAGAAAAUUAUUUAGCUAACACUGAAUUUCAGUAGAGCUGUAGCAAACCGUAUGUAUUCGUUACUGAGUAACGGGUGCGCCAUCUAGUAACGAGUAACGAAACGUUACACACGGC